AUGAAAUUAUCAACUAUAUAUUUAUUAUUAGUAUUUUGUUGUUCAGUAACUUUCAUUUAUUCACUAGAUGAUAGUUCAAGUGAUGCUUUCCCAUUUUGGCCAACACAAUGGGUAACUGAUUGGACAAUUAUUUAUACAAGUUCAGAUCAAGAACCACCAUUCAGUAACAAUAAUAUUCCACCACCAUUCAAAGGUGGCAGUGGUAGAACAUAUUAUGACUGGUCGAAUCAAGCGAUGCACGAAGUGUACAAUGAUUUCUGUGUGCCAAUCUUUUCGAAUGGUUCCGAUUGGACUUGUGAUUUCAUCAAUGUCAAGGGUGUCUCUUAUUUAGUGACACACGACGAUCGUCCUGCUGACGUACCACCAUGUUGUAUCUUUGGUGAUCCAUGGUACCCACCAGCACCAAAUUUCAUUCAAACCUGUGGAGCCGUCCAAAAUGUAACUUCCUCGUUGAACGGACAACAAGUUGAUUACUGGACUAUCUAUCUACCGGAUUCCGGAUCGUUUGGAUAUGGAUUCUACGCCAAUGGUACAUCCAAUGGUUGGACACCCGCUUCAUUCUACUUCGCAGCAGCACCAUCUGGAUGGACAAUUCAAAACUUUGAAAACUUCCAACCAACCACCCCACCUGCCAAUGCUUUCCAAGUACCAGAUAGUUGUAUUAAUGCUUCACCUUGUCCUCCACAAGGAUAA